UAGUCUCACAAAAAAAUACUGUAAACUUAUGCGCUGUCGUUUGGAAUCAUACUGAUAAGAAUUCUGUUCGACACUCGACACGCCAGAUCUGCAAAUCGGAUUAGCGCUGUCGAAAACCGCCGUUUGCGGCGGUAAAACUUGUCUCUGCAUCUUCAUUUUUGAUAAUCAAGAGUUUUAUCGGGCUUAAUUCUCUGUAUUGAGAAUAUCUAGGGCAACACUGAAAGGAAAGGCCAAAAACUCGAGUUCCCAAUGGAAGAGUUGGAGCAGUGGAAGGAACAACUUUCUCACUUGUCGCAUCUGGCCAUGGAUCGUCUUCGCGAGGUUCCCCCGAAUCAGCUCUACGCUGCUGCUGCCAUCGCGAUUUUCACAACGCUGCUUCUUCUCUCUGUACGUUUGUUCAAGCGGUCAAAGUCAAACACCAUUGUGUUGACGGGGCUCAGUGGGAGUGGAAAAACUGUUAUUUUCUAUCAGCUUAGGGAUGGCUCUACUCAUGAGGGUACCGUUACAUCAAUGGAGCCUAAUGAAGAUACUUUUAUUCUUCACAAUGAGAAAACAAGGAAGGGCAAGAUAAAACCUGUUCAUAUUGUUGAUGUUCCUGGCCAUUCUCGGCUCCGACCCAAACUGGAUGAGUACUUGCCUCAAGCAGCUGGGAUAGUUUUUGUGGUUGACGCUUUGGAUUUUUUACCGAACUGUCGAGCUGCUUCAGAGUAUCUGUAUGAUCUAUUGACUAAAGGAAGUGUUGUGAGGAAGAAGAUUCCAGUGCUUAUUCUCUGCAACAAAACAGACAAAGUCACUGCUCAUACAAAAGAGUUUAUCCGAAGACAGAUGGAGAAGGAAAUAGACAAAUUUCGGGCAUCAAGAAGUGCGAUAUCAGAUGCUGACAUUGCAAAUGAGUUCACCCUGGGGGUACCUGGUGAGCCAUUUUCUUUUACCCAGUGCUCUAACAAAGUAACAGCGGCAGAUGCUUCUGGUUUAACUGGGGAAAUAUCUCAGCUGGAAGAGUUUAUCAGAGAACAUGUAAAGCAAUAAGCUAGAUAUUGCGUUUAAAGCUCACGGAUUUUUGUUGAGUUAGUGAAUGGGGUAGUGCUGUUUAUCUUGGUUGUACUUAUUCCAAGUGCUGUCUGGACGAGUAGAGGCUUAAAAGAAAAGGGAUUUUGGGGAGUAGGAAUCAAUGAGGAUUUAUUUCAUUGUAGGUUCUGGUACAUUGAUCGGAUUAUAAUUUUUCGUUUAAUUGUAUCGCUACUUGUAUUUACCUUA